UGGGGUUUCAGGCAGAUUGUUACAAUUCUUCAGCAGAUUUGAGCACUGAUGCUUUUUAUGCCUGUUGCCCUUUUGAAACCAAUUUCGGUGUCUUUGCACUCAUACCGUAUAAAUAUAUGGUCUGCUCUGUUUUUUCCAGCGCUCGGUUCAGGUCUGGAUUACGACAGCAAUUUCCCUGCUCUGGGUCACCAGGAUCAGCUUCACUCAACACCACGGCCAUACAUAUAAUCCCAUCAGCCCCAGCAUGGAAGAAGAGGAUUUCAGGGUGACUAUGAAGACUCGGACAGAAGAUUAGGCCACUGGAUAUCUCAUUCCACUCCACAAAUGGAGAAGUCACGGUCUCAUGCAGGACAGAGGAAAAACAAACACAGGGCCUGAUGAUUUGACAAAAACACAUUCAGGAAAUUAUGGCAUCAGUUAUGCAGGAGAGUUUGAUCUGCCAGGGUAAAAAUGCAAUGAUCCAUGUAAGUGGCUGUGACAUUCGGCUGGUGUCUAAAAAGGGCCGUCUCUCACGCACACCUGCCCUCCAUCUGUUAUCAACAAAUGCUGAUGAUCCAGCUCAGCCCUCUGAGCGAGAAUCUGAGAAUCUCCCCCCGAGAUGCCCUCUAAAACUCACUCCACUAGAGCUCCCCCUAGAGGUGCAGCGGCAGAAGCUCAAAAGUGCUCAGGAGGCCAAAGCAGCAGGCUGUAAGUCGGAUGGGACGUAUCCGAGAAAAGCAAAAGUUUGUUGGCAGGACGGCCCAGACAAAUCGCCAGGACGCUCCCCGCUGAGUACCAUCACAGAGCCACACAAACCACAGCUACCUGUCAAUCAAUUCAAGCUUGCUUCUGAUAGGCUAGCGGGGAGAGAGGCAGAGCAUAUGGAAGGUAAUCCGACAGUCCACUCAACAUGUGCUCCCGAAAAUGUCUGCCAAUCAGAGCACGACAACAGCCAAUCAGCCGCUCCCGCUAAGAACCAGGAUGCUGUCAAGCGGCGCUUAAGACUACGAAGAACCGAUCGGCAAGAAGAGGAUCGAAGCAAAUCCAGCUCAUCAGCAGGUGGAUUAUCUGCUGAUGAGAGCAAACUGGCCUCAGCUGGCUCUGGCAAGGGUCAACACUCUGCUGAGAAGGCCCUUCGAGAUGCCAGCCGUGUGCUGGAAAAGGCAUCAUGGAGGAACCCGCGGGAACCCGGGACUGAGGCAGUGGGUAAAGUUGGGAGACAGAUGGCUGUUAAUGACAUUCCGGAAGCCGUACUCUGACUCUCUGACCUGAAGAGGAAGUGCAGCACGUGCUGUUGGGGUUAGAGACUUGAACAUGGCAUUAGAGUCAUGUUUAUGGAGGAUUUUCCCUCUUGGGUUAAGAUGGGAAAACAGCUGAGAUGAAGCCUGCAGUAAUGUAGAAAACAGCAUAACAUUACUGAUCUAAAUAUGGAUAUAUAAGGGAUUAUACUUUGAUGAUCUCAAAAUAAACUCAGA